CUGAAAUAUAAUGGCCCAUGGUAUUGAUAUCCAAGAAGAGAUUAUUGUUUGUGGAGCUUCUUCUCGCGCUGCCAAAAAGGAACAAGAAAGUCCUCCUCAAGUUGAUCACGUGGUGGAAUUAAUAGAACAAAAACUAGACAAGGUGCCUUCCUCGCCAACAGAUUGUAGUAUAUACCGAGUACCUAAGACCUUGGCGGAUGAAAAGCCAGAAGCCUACAUACCUCACAUGGUCUCCAUUGGCCCUUUCCAUCAUGGUCAACAACACUUACAACCCACAGAAGCACGUAAGAUGCACUAUUUCAAAAUGUUUUUAGACCGAAAAAAACCUCAAGGAGCAGCCUUGUCUGAUUACGUUAAAGCCGUAAGAGGUUUGGAAGAAAGAGCCUACCAAUGUUAUCCAGAUUUGAAAGUUGAUGAAAGAGACAACUUUGUGUUGAUGAUGGUGGUGGAUGGUUGUUUUAUACUUGAGCUCUUAUAUUCAUACUCAUUCUUUGAAGCUACGUCUAAUUACAAGUGGGUUUAUCUGGUUACACUGGAUCUAAUUUUGCUUGAAAACCAGCUUCCAAUGUUUGUUCUAGAGGCAUUAUACAGAGUAUUCAUUUUUGGGGGCGAUUCGUCUCAUCAACAAGCCGCAGCAGUUGAACAUACAUGGACCCAACUCUAUGGUCUCAUUUUUUCUUGUUUUGUACCUAGUAUUUUAAGUAUGCUCCUCGGCGAUGAGGACGCAUCCAAUUACCGCUUUCGUGCUUACAUUCAGCAAUCAAAACCCCCAAAAGACAAGCCAAAGCAUUUGCUUGAUUUUGUAAGACGAUUCCUCAUCCCACCACCCUCUACAAACAGUUUUAGGCAGCCGUGGGAGACUAAAGGUGAAAAGAAAAAGUGUUUGUACUUGCUGGCAGCAUGCGCCCCCCAAUUGUGCCUAAGGGAUCAUACAGAGGAAGAUAAUUCUUUACUGAUAAUGAAAGAUAUUCACGAACGUGUCCGGUGUGCCACAGAUCUCAAGAAGGCUAGUGUCAAGUUUGAGAAGAACAAGGAUGCGACAAGCUUAUCAGACAUAAAAUUCGAAAAUGGAGUUUUGAAAAUCCCAGCUAUAGUAAUUGGCCAUGGAGGAGAGCUUAUCCUUCGAAACCUAGUCGCUUACGAGCAAUACACUGAUGACUACUAUAGUGAUAUUACAGAAUAUGCAGACUUCAUGGAUGGUCUCAUCGAUUCUCGAGAGGAUGUAGAAUUGUUGCAGAAGAAUGGAAUUAUUGUGACCAUGCUCGGCGACCCAACUGAGGUGGCUCGAUUAUUUAACAAUCUUCUUAAAGAUAUUGCGGUACCUCUUUAUUAUACAGUCCCUGUACGCCGUAAAUUGGAGGAGUAUUACAAUAUACGAUGCCACAAAUGGAAGGCAAGCUUGAUGCGUAACUAUUUUAGUAAUCCAUGGACAUUCAUAUCAAUUGUUGCUGCUAUAAUUCUCCUUGGCUUGACGGUCACACAGACCAUUUAUUCUGCCUUAGCUUAUUAUCAUCAUUAGUUUUUACUCUGUGUGUGUGUGUGUGUGUAUUUGUGUGGACAAAAAAAGUACAUUCAUUGUAUUUUCAGUUAUUUCUUGUAAUCUACAAUCUAAAAUUAUUUUUCAA